UGAGUGAACGCAAAAAGAGCUUACCGAUAAUUCAUCCAUCUCCCUCGUAAAUUCUGGACGUAGGCCGAUUGACAACAAAAAGCUCUAUCUUACGGAGCAUUGUUUUCAUAGAUGUUUCGUUGUAAAUAAGUGUUGUGAACGGAGAGCCUGUAUUUGUGACUAACACGGUGGAGGAUAAAAUAUGAAGAGGCGAAAUGCCGAAUCAGGCAAGCGGCGCCCCAUAAAGCGCAACAAAAUCGGCGAAGGAAUGUAUGCAAAUUCUCUGUUGUAUCUGAAAUUUGUGAUGCUGUGGGCUACAGUCAUUAUGGCAGACUAUAUGCUUGAGUUCAGAUUUGAGUUUCUCUGGCCAUUCUGGAUGAUGCUGAAAUCUGUUUAUGAUUCAUUUAAAUAUCACGGAGUUGCGUUCUCUGUGUUUUUCAUAUGUAUAGCCUUGAUGUCCGACUUGAUAUGUUUCUUCUUUAUACCACUACAGUACAUAUUCUUCGCCGCCAGUACCUAUGUGUGGGUACAAUAUGUGUGGUACACAUUCGGCGACAAGGGCAUCUGCCUGCCGACGGUGGCGCUGUGCUGCCUCGUGGUGUACGCGGAGGGCGCCGUGCGCGCGCGCGCCGGCUCGCUGGAGCUGUGGCGCCCGCUGGCCGCGCACUGCCUGGGCUACCCCGCGCUGUCGCUGGGCUUCGGCGUCAAGGCAUAUGUUGGGCAGCGGCUAAAAUUAAGAAGACAGCGGCAAGUGCGGGCCGAGAAUGAGUUUUACUUCCAGCUCCUACGGGACGCCUUGCCAGAGAGUGCGAUCAUAGAACAGAAUAUGCAGAGUAGUAAAGAGGCGGAGUGUAAAAGCGGCGAGUUCACCCAAACGCAAGCGCAGACACAAGCGCAGACACAGAGCGACGCGCGGCACAUGAACGGCUCCGUGCGGCGCCGCUGUGCGCGCGACCACAACGGCGUGUGUGUGGCCGACCACGCCUUACACGUUAAGCUCGAAAAGUUAGAGAAGCAUGUAGCGCAGCAGGCACGAGACAAGGCGACGGCCGCCGCGCAAGCGAAUUCACAAGCGAGCACGCAGGCGAGUACGCCAGCGAGCACGCAGGCCAGCACGCAGGCGAGCACGCAGGCCAGUGGGCAGGCGGCCGCGCAGCCGGGCUCGCAGGCGAGCCCUCAGGCGAGUACGCACCUGCUCAGCAACGGCUCGGCCAGCGGGCCCGGCGCGCCCGACGACGACGAGCGGCACGACUUGAACAAAGGAAGUGUUAAGUCGACGAAAUUGGAAAGGAAAGAGGCGAGUUCAUUAAGAGAAGAGAAGAAGAGACAUAAGAAUAGAGAAAAGGAGAAAGAUAGCAGUGAUAGUCAUAAGAGCACAGAAACAAAAGAAAUAUUAGUUAAAGAAAAAGAAGUAGAAAGUACAAAAGAAUAUGUAAAGAGUAAUAAAGAUAGUAAUAGUCAUAAAGAGAGAGAGAAGGAAAAAGAGAGGAGAGAAGAAAGGGAGAGGGACAGAGAACGCGAACUGAGGGAGAAGGAAUCGCGUUCGUGUCGCGAGCUGGCGGAGGAGCUGCGGCGCGCGCGCGCGGAGCUCGCGGCGGCGCGGGCGGCCGAGGCCGAGCUGCGGCGCCGCGCGCUGCUGCAGCACAGCGAGCGCUCGGCGAUGGAGCGCCGCCUGAGCGAGGAGAGGCGCGCGCGCGCCGCGGCCGAGCACCAGCUGCUGCGGGCGCGACACACGCCGCGACCCCCCACCGCCGAGUGCGAGAGCGAGUGGUGUCGCUCGCGCCGCACUGCGCAGGAGGCGGAGACGGGCGCGCUGCGACGCGAGCUGCAGAAGACGCGCGAGCGGGCCGCGCAGCUGCAGCGCGACCUGGCCUGCGCCUCGGACCAGGUGCGGACGCUGGAGACGCGCGCGUCGCGCGAGGAGAGCGGCGGCGGCGCGCGGCUGGCGGGCGCGUGCGCGGCGCUGCAGGAGCGCGCCGCGCACCUGGAGCGCUCGCUGUCCGCCGAGACGCGCGUCAAGCUGGACCUGCUGUCCGCGCUGGGGGACGCCAAGCGCCACAUGCACAUACAGGAGGGUUUAAUAUCGAGACAAGAGAAAGAGAUAGAGGAACUGAAAGCUCAAAUGCUAGCCGUGAUGCCGACGGAGUUCGUGACGCCGGUGAGCGGCAGCGUGUCCAAGCUGCGGCUGUCCGACGGCUCACCGCUCGACCCCAACGCGUCCGUCUACACGCCCAAGCAGCUGUGCUCCGACGCCUGAGCCGGAGGCCCGUACCGAUCUUUGUAUGGCCGUUGUUGAUCUCAAUAUUUUUUUUUCGUUUUUUAAUCGAACUCGGCGUUAGUAUUCCUAGUUUGUUACUUAAAUAAAACUGUCCAUACAAAUAUCAUUAUGGCCAUCGGAUACGAUACGAGUGUUAGUUUUGUAACCGUCUAAGUGAAAUCAGAGCGUUUAUUUUUUCAUCAUUGAAAUAUUUGGAUUAUCUUCUGUACCUUGAUGUGGCUAAGGUUGAUAAAAUUAUUCAAAUUAGAUUCGCUUCAAUAUCAAGUACAAUACACGCAUAAUAAUAGCGCUCACCAUUUGACUUCGAUAUUUGUUACUGUUAUCAAAUGACAAAGAGAUCCUUUUAAAGGAUACUGAGUAUUAACUAAGUUUAUGAUUAGACUUAUUUUUAGUCUACGUGUUCAUCACAAUUUUUUUUUUAUUAAAAUUGUAUUUCGAUUAAUGUUGCGUAAUUUUAUCAAUCAAGGACAGUUCUUCCACGCAUGUAGCUGCUGCAGACGGCGUUGUUUUGGAUUUAUGUGAUAUAUUGUACAAAAAUGAGAUUUGGUUGUCUUCUCCUUGUAUAAAUUUAGUAUAUUGACGUUUUAGUCCAAUUGUCGUAUUGUGCGUAGCAUCCCGGUUUUAAAUAUAACAUCUUCAUAUUGCAACCCUAAAUUAUCUUUAUUCAGUGUUGCUAUGUAAUAAAAGUAAAGGUUUGUUUGAUUAGUGUUGUGACACAAGACCGGAUAACUUGAAAUCGAGAGGAAAUGAAUCUGUCAAAUAUUAUAAUAAAAUAAAAUCUAUUUUUGUAUUUGUGUUAUAUUAUCUGUUUAAAUUAUAAAACAAUCGAGCUUAGUCACAUAGGAAAAUUUAGGGAUGCUACGCUGAUUUUUCUUGUUGAAUAUAAAAUUAUUUAAAAAAAUAAUGGCGGACACGCAAAUUGAUUGUUGUAAAAACCAUGACAUGAUUGUUUGUUAAUAUUUUGAGUGAAUUCUAAAAGGCAGUAAAAUGUUCUGAACAGUAUGCGUGCAACUUUAAUCUAUUUCGACAAUCUAUGCUAAAAAAAUAAACAAAACAUUUAAUAUAAACGUCAACUAUCAAAUAAUCUACUACUGUUUGAUAACUUACAAUGUUACGUUCAGUUAAAGUUGCACGCAUUUUAUAAAAGAAAAAGUAUGGACAAGAAAAGUGGAAUAAUUUACGGAUUCUUGUAAAAUUCGCGUUUGUCAUUGGCACCACUACCAGUGUACUUCUUACGCGCCGGGUGUGGGUAAAGAUACGAUAACGUGCGAGGGGGAGGGGAAUGGAGGUUCCGCCAUGUUUAAUCCCAUUAUUCAUCUGCACUUUUUAAGAUUUUAACGAUAUUGUUUAUAUUUUAAAAGUACUAAUUUUCAAUUGAAAUAUAAAAUAAAUUAUUUUGUUUGCGCAACUGUUUUACAACAAACCAGUCUGGUUUAUCUUUGAUAACAUAUAGAUAGUGUACGCACGCACAUAUUGACUCUGGUUAUGGUUGAAGUUCUAAUUUUCAGUGACACUUUUAUUUUCAUUAAGAAACGACAAGAAUUACAAGAAUCCGUAAAAUUAUUUAAGUUAAAACAUGUGUUCUUACGUAUAGUAUUAUUACGCCAUAUCAUUUAUCUGCCCAAAUUUUAAAUUGUACUUAUGAGAAAUUAUUGUAAAAGUGGUUUUGAUGCAAGGAUUCAACAUUUUUUGUCUUCGCGUCAAAUCUCGUAUCAACAAACGAAUUAUUAUUGCCAUCAUUAAAAAUAAACCAAAUUAUAUUGAUAUUAUAUAAAAAAAAUAUUUGUUAAUGUUGAUACGUUACUUGAAGCUUUAAUUCUUGGUUAGUUUAAUAUUAAAACAAAUGCUUCCUUUAUUCAGUAAUCCCUUUGCUUCCAUUUUUUAUAAAAACUAUUGCAUUUAUAUAGUACAAUGUUUUUUUUUUUACUUUAAUAAGUAACUGUCAAGCGAAACUUUAAUCUACGUAAAUAUUAAUAAGCGUAAAAAUUCAAGAAUGGAUACGACGAUUCAGUGUUGCCUAUUAACAAAAUAUAAGUUUAAUUUUUAAUAAUAUUUUUGUUGUUGUAAAACGCUAUGUGAUUGGAAUAAUUUUAAGAAAAAGUGUGUAUGUAGAAUGUUUUGAAUAAGAACAUCUAUUCUUGCGUUUAAGGCGUCGACGUGAAUACCUUCGUCAGUUUUCAUGUCUUGUUAUCUGACGCUUUUGUUUACGGAACUGUUGGUUUAAGAACAAAUAAAAUAAGGGAAUCAGCGCACAUUGGAUAUAUCGGUCUGCAAAUGUAUUUUUCGAGAUUAUGACACUACUCUAGUCUUAAUUAAGCCGGCUUACACCGUGGCGUGUCUAUGUGCCAUAAGUGAUACAAAUGUGUACACCGGCUUUAACGUUAUUUAUACCCUAAGUUUUUUUUUUUUAAGUUUAGUUUUUUUUUAUUACAUAAAUGCGCACUGCCCUCGGAGUCAGAUUAUCGGUUUUUUUUUUAAAUAGCAAAACGCCGAAUCUGUUGAACCUCAUGUACUUAAACUACAUUUUGAUGUGAUUUACCCGACAUUACCAAGUUUUUGAGAGCAGUACAGGCACCGUAUAUAACAUUCAUGAACUAUUUGACUUGGAUACGGAGACAUGGAGCGGUAACAAUCGGUACAAGCAAGAUCUGAAUUUUCACUAGUGAAACGUAAGCGAUGUUUGUUUGUAUUAUAAACGGAUGCUGUAACAGCAAUAAAAAAAUCAGACAUGC